UGAGUACUAAGAGAGCUGAUCUACUCUAGCUCGCGCAGAUUUUGCUCCAGUAUACGUACACGGCACAGUGACAAUGACAGCAGCUCUACAAUGUGUUGUGGCAUUCUUACUGGUGACCGGAACUCUUUCACAAGCAGCAGAAAACGAUCCAUCUACAAAUGAGACAGAUGCAGCAGUAAAUUGUGAAGGACCAAAGGGAGAACAAGGAGAACCAGGUGUGCCUGGGAGGCCGGGAUUGAGGGGCCACAAAGGUGAACAAGGACCACAAGGAAUUGUUGGAUUAAAAGGGAUGAAGGGAGACCAAGGAGAAGCUGGUGAACAAGGUGUGCCAGGGAAAAUGGGAAUUCCAGGUUCUAGUGGGCCUCCAGGAAGUACUGGUCGUGCCGGUUUAAAUGGACAAGACGGUCGAGAAGGACCAGUUGGACCGAAAGGACAAGCUGGAGUACAGGGAAACCCAGGUCCUAGAGGAAGCAAAGGAGUAAAAGGACAUACUGGUCCUGCUGGAAACGUAGGACUGAUUGGUCCGCGUGGAAUACCUGGAGCAGAUGGCGCACACGGUUGGCCAGGUCAUCAGGGACCUCGUGGUCCCCGUGGCCAGAAGGGAGAAGCUGGCCAAAGAGGAAUUCCAGGUCAUACUGGGCCUCCCGGACCAAGAGGCCCACCAGGGCCAGAGAUGAGUGAAGACUUGCUGAAAAAAUACUUUCAGCCUACAAAGGCACUUCAGACACAGAUGAAACACCUAAAUGACACUGUCAACAAACUGAUUGUAGUUGUCAACAAAACUGUUGAGAAACAGCGUGUAUUAGAGACAUGUUGCAAGUGUCUUGUGUAUGAUGGAGUGCGAGUGUGGCAAGAUAAACUCUACUCGUCAUCAUACAAUGUGACCUUGGCAGUUCUGAUCGAUGGCAAAACAUCCACUGGAGGAUGGGGAAGUGGCGGAACUUCCGGCAGAAAACAUUGGGUUCAGCAAUCGUUCACCAAGCCUGUUGUAGCUGAUACGGUCUACAUUGGCGGCGGAGGAGUACCCAGUUGGGGAAGUGCUCACAGUUAUGGUCCUGUUGAAUUAUGGGCCUUUACUAAAGAUACCAAUGCUUGGAAAGCUAUAAAAACACUUCCAAGGCUUGCAGGAGCAAGUAUUUACAAAUAUUCUUUUCCACGCCAACAAUCGCAAUAUUGGCGUCUAUACAACGUCAACGGAUGGGGCGCAACUACUGAGUUUCGUCUUGAAUACACCAAAUGCUAAUGUCAAUGGUGGCGAGUGUGCAGAAGCAAGCACCAAAAACGACAAACAUUAGUGAUUGAUUUGUUUGUUUUAGUUCUGAUGUUUGCACAUUUUCGCGCUUGCAAUGUGUGUGAUGCUGAUAGUUGCACGCCUAGAGACUAUGUACAACUGACUGCCAGUUGUGCACAACAACUUUGUAGUGAUAAUUAACGGCUAGCUAAUGCAAUGCGGUGCAAUCUCUGAUUACAACGUUCAUGACAGAA